CUCUUUUUUUACUCAUUUUCAGAUGUGCACGCCAAUCCAUGCUUCUACGAUGUGGGUAGCUCCAAUGGGGUCAUCAGCUCCAGUGCACACAAAAACUACUCCAUGUACGAUUGCACGUGGAUCAUUACAGCACCAUCUAACCACACAGUCAAAUUAAAAUUUGCGAUAUUCAACCUCCUCGAUUUAUAUCCACGGAUCUACAGGAGCGAGAUUAAAGUCUUUGAUGGAAAAAGGAAAAAUGAUACGUUGCUUGGUAUUUUUAGUGGAUCAAGACGCCCGUUCAUCGUACAAACAAGUGGCCAAUUCAUGAUGUUAACCUUUAAAAGGUAUCAUGAACUAGCAUUGUUUAACUUCAAGGGAGUUUGCUCUUCAACCUCAAUAAAAGGUGAGCUAUAUGUACCCAGGAAACAAUUUUUAAAAAUUUUUCGAAGAAAAUUUCCAGGGUUUGAAUUGUGAAAAGACCUCUUUCGUUAGAAUAGUUAAACUAUAUGAUAUUUAUUUAUAAUCACCAAAAACUCCAAAUAAUAAAGCCUUUUCUUCUAUUAAGUAAAAUUAAUGAAGAAUGUCUCCUGCGUGACCUUGUUAGAGGGCAUUGUGGUAAAACAAAUAACUCCUUACAUUUCGUACAGAAAUACCUUAUCUAUUUAUGGUGUCUUGAAAAUUUCAUCACUGUUCUGUAAUAAUGUCUUUACCGCCAUAAAAAAACAGGAAUUAGAUCGUCGAUAACGGACAUCCAAAACUUUGCUCACCAAAAGCAGAAAAGGAAACCUUGAAUAUUGUCUUUUUACGUAGAAGGCUUUGACAGCUAAAUCAAGCAUUAAAAAGAGCUUCGGGUCAUUUGUGCAAAUUAGCAAUGGACACCACAAGAGGGGUCGUGUAAAAGGUAGAAAGCUAGGCAAAUAUCGCUAUAUAUCGUAAAGUGUAUGAGCUUGCAGGCAUUUUUUAAAGUUAUUUGGUAGUUCCUUAAAAAAAAACGGUGUGAUGUGGUUGAUUCCUUAUUGUAAAAAUUGUGUAUGGUAAUAGAUAAGUUUGAGGGGAUUUAUAUGGGGAUCCAUUAGCUCAGAAGAUCUAAAAAUACGCACACUUAAAGCCUAUUAUAUCUUUUGAUGAAACUUUUAUUGCUUUUUCUAAAUGUUGCUGCACACCGGCCCUUAAAAGUGUGACCGGUCGAUAUCAAUGCUAGGAAAAUUUGCUGGACGAUAGAAAGGAAUCUUUAAAAUCCAUUACACCACUAGACGUUUCAUUCCAAAAAAGUACCAAAGUCUGGUUUUCUAUGACAAUAGGGAUCUUCAGUUAACACCGCCGAAUCCAAGAAAUCUAAACAGAAUUUCCGUGAGAAAUUCUAAACUUUUAUCCGUCUCUUCGACGAGCACCAUGCUCACCAUUUUGAAUGUCACUGACCUGCGAGACGUGACGUCACAAUGGUACGAGGACUGAACCACCGAGGUCCUUCGAGACACCUCCCCUCCCCUGAACCUGAUUAAGUGCACAAAAAUUAGUGCGAAGCUUAUAAUACUUAUCAAGAAACGAUCCUUCUAUUUUUCGAGAUUAUUGAAUUAUCGAAUUGUCGACAUUCGGGUAUGAUUAACUUAUAGUUUCGGUCAUCGAGGCCUAGAAUACGACAAGCCUCUCAGUAUUAGUCUGUCGAGCAAAACGCGCGAGAGCAGAAAAUGGGCACGCGUGCGACUGAGGGCGGGAGAUCGAGAGGAGGGGGAAAAAGAGAGAGACUACUACCAUGCAAAAGGCCCUGGUGAACUACCCUUCAUGGUAAAGUGAUUUUUAUAGUGUAAAAGUUCAAGUGUAAUUAAAGGUUUUAAGCUGAACUUUGUCUCUUGAUUUUCUUAAUUUCAUUUAAACCUAACAUCACAACCGCGGGAGAUGACUUUUGAGUACAUUCGGUUUUCCUGUCAGAAGCUCGUCCAUGCCCCGCCGAGUGAGUGUCAAAUGCGUGCAAGAUAACAUUCUCUAAGCCGCAAUGGCGUCACAUCCUAAGAUAAGAGCUUCCAAUGCGCCACUUUUCUCUCAGACUGGAAGCGAGAGACAUAUUUCAAAAAUGAUUUUCGAUUGUUGACUGUUUGCUGUCCAUGCUCCAAGCAUUGGCCAAUUAUUCUUUUUGCUGCAUGAGGGCAACGCAUAAUUCAUCAUUAGCUUUCAUUUUAGCUUUGGCAGCACCAAAUGCAUUAGCCUAUUAUCGGAGCUGUAAACAAUGUUUGGAAGGUAAAAAUACUGAAUUAUGAUUCUCAUCUAUAAGACUACUAAACGCUACGAUUUGUGUUAAAUCACUUUUGUGUUUGAUAUCCGUCGAUGUUUUGAUAACGUCGAAAUAGAGCAGGCUUUUCCUAGUGGCGGAAAAGGGGUCCCAUACUAAUAUCGAGGUUCAAAAUGCACAGCCUGGACGCGCUGCUAGUCCAUCGCAGGAUUACCCCCAGCAGUAUGUCGCUUGUACCCAUUUAUACACCUGGGUGAAGAGAGACAAAGUGGAGUAAAGUUCCUUGUUUAAGGAAACAAUGCGAGGGACGAGGCUUGAAGCCCGGACCUCCAGAUCCUCUGAGCUAUAAAACAAAUAACCGAUUUUUGGAGGCAUUUGUUGUGUUAUAAAUAAUUAGCAAGGAACAUGGGCAAACUCAUUACGUUUUCCCUUUGAGAAAUAAUUAUUACGGAGACCGAAAAGCAUAAUUUUCCUCGCCGUUUAAGACAAGCAUUGGUUAUUUCAAUUUACAGAUAAGCCGGAGAUAAGGAUUCCGUUGUCAGCAGUACGCAGUGUACCAGAGCACUAUACCUGGUUCAUGGUGGAAGGCACCCCACCCAUUCAACCUUGGUUAGCCAACUCAUCUACACCUUUGGAGGGUGGGCAAGUGGUAAAAGGACUUAAAUUUAAUCAGACGGGAAACUAUACAAUUCUGGCAAAAAAUGAUGCAGGAAAUAGCUCCAAAACUGUUAACGUUAAUGUUAUGGGUAAGGUUUCUGUCUCAAGUUAACAUGUUAAUAUGUCCAACCAUAUUUCAGUACCACCCUGUGAUAACUGUGAUAUUUUUUGCUCAUAUUCAGCGUCCCUCCCGAUCAAACGAGUAAACUGGGUUGCUUUUGAACGUACCGAUUCAAUAUAGUAGUUGUCAAGUUUGUAGCGUAACUUCAUGAACACAUUUUGUUUAGAAAUCUACCCUUGUAGUUGUGUCAAACGCUUUUCACUUGUCAUCUGUUACCUGAGACAAGAUGCAUUGAUUUUGCAGGUUGCAGGCAUUUAUGUCGAAGCAAUGGUUUUAUGAAUGGUUCUGGGCAAGUAAUCAACCAUCAUGACUGCAGUGGAGGCAAUGUUACAUAUAUUUGGAAGUGUCUACCAACAACAACUACUAAUUUGUAAGUGAAUUUCCUAGCUCGAGGAAUCUAUAAUUGCUGAUUUUAAUAAAAAUGCACUGUGGCAGUGAAUCACGCGUGAAAAGAAUAAAAACGUUUGAAAGUAAACGCCCUAAAAAUCGUUUAGCUUUGAAAAAAAAAAACCUCCUGAGGUUUCAAUUAAUUAAAAUUAAAAAAAUACCUUUGAGCUAAAACGGACAUUAUUACUUUCAUCCUUAAAGAAGUAUACCUUUGGUCGAUGAGGGUUUUUUACCUCAAGUAAGUCUACCAGUUUAUACGACCUCAACCUGAUUUUGAAUUACAGAAUUUUGUGGUUAUAUGAUUAUUCCUCGCGAAACGAGCGGCCUAUAAUUUGGUCGCGCCUUGUAUCUCGUGGAUCACACAGCGACGCAGAAACUCGAGUUAGCAAUAUUUCUAGAUAUCUCUUGGGCCUCCGCAUCCAGUGUGAAGUCAAGGUGCAUUUUCAACACGACUUCAAAUUCUGUGGUGCAACAUAAUGUUUUGUUCAUGAAAGGUUGAUGUCUUUAUUCAUCGUCUGUCAAACAAUAUUUACUAUCGGUGAAUCGCGAUCAAUUUCUCAAAGAACUGAAAGAGAACGACAAGCACAAGACAAUGUUCCAUUUAACAAGUGGCUGGGAAUCCUCGCUGGGGAAGAUGUACCAUCGAAACUCCACUGCAGCGAGAACGGGGACUUGAAAUCCAGCAUGAGCAACGAAGAAGGCGAGCUCGUGUAAAUAUAUCGAGCGGCCGUUAAAGCUGAGAGUGAAUAAACACAGAAAUAAAGCGAAAUGGCUUUAAAAUACUUGCUUAAGCUAAUUUUCCUCAAUAUCUCCUUGAAUUCAUGAUAAAUACAACUCAGCAAGCUUCAAAUAGCGUGUAUGGCAGAGAAAAAUGCUGUUGGUAUAUUAAUUGUACGGUAAGAAUUGUCCAGUGGCAGCAGGCUUAGUGGUUUGGGAGCUGACUCCACGCACUGGAGGCAAUCAUAGUGUAGGCUCGAAUCUCGACGUGGUUAUUUAUUUAUUUAUUGCGUUAUCUUUAUACCUUUUUUCUGUUUAUUUUUUUUUCCGACAUAUUUUUGCCCUUUGGCUUCUUUCCCCGUAUUCUCAUUGCGGACCAUUUACAGCUUCGCGAGAUUUUUGCAAUAACGUAUUUCUAGUUUAACAAAUAAUUCAAGCCCCCGUCAUUCUACAUCCGCAGAAUGUGAAUGAUUAUGGUUCUCAACUAUGGAAACCCGUCGUAUGACAAUUAUGCAACCAAAGGGUAGCCAUGAACAGCCAUAAAGAUAUGAAAAUGAGGUUGACCAUGGUCAGUCUGGUUGUAGCUAAGGGCAGUAUAAAACAAUGCACUACUUCCUUAACAGUAUAAAGUGUUCUCCGAAAAACAGAACACACAGGAAGGAAGGUCGAAGCACAAAACAUACUAUAUUACAGUAGGCAUUCGGAGGUGAAACCGCUGACCUGAAACUACGAAGCCGUGCUUUUGGUAGGCAAGUUUCCACACAGAUUCUCUUUAAAGUUUUUAGUCUAUCCAAGUUUAUUGAAGUCUCGAAUUAACCAUCCAAUAUAAUUGAUAGAAUAUCUGCCAGAAAUUCCUUUCGCAUAUCAAGAAUUGUUUAACAUUGUAGCACUACUACCAAGCUCAACGCAACCACAACAACGACAAAAACGAGAAAAUAAACAAAACAAAAAUUCUGAACGUGGAGCACAAUGUUUGGCAAGCUUCUUUGUCGUCAUUGAAAGACUAACGUUGUCAAAAGGGAUUGAAAUGGCAAUGCGAUAGUUGCAUCUCUAAGCUCGUCUUCGACUUCGAUUUCGUCAGAAAUAUCCAUGCAGAGGCUUAGGUUUUUUUCUUAUUUCUUAAUGCAUAAGGGGUCAAAAUCUUUUGCUAUAUGUUGCACUAGAAAAUAGGUUGUGAGCCAUUCAAACAACACCGCCAAUUUUAGCAGUGUAGGUGAAAAAAGUGUGAUUUUAAAUAGUUUAGGAUUUGGUGGAACCUGGUACAUUUACAUUAUGGGAUCGAGUCAGUUAGAUAACCUCAAUUCGUCAAUAAGGAUUGAAAGAAUGAAUCUCGACUUUAUGUUCUCAAUUUAUUCCACAAAACAUCACUGCGUGACCAUUGGCUAUUAACCUUUUGCUAGUUAGUAAAUAAUUUUUUUUCCACCAUGGUUGCCAAUAUACCACGGUGAAGGGCUGAUGGUCACACCUACCUGUCACAGCCAUCGGAACAACCACGCCGAAUUGUUUUACACAGAUUGACAAUUUUGAUGUAAUUUUAAUUUAAAUUUUAAAGGACGCACUGUUUUUUUUUUGUUAAAAUAACUCCUUUUUUUGUUUCAAAACCAAAAAUAAGGAGACAUAUACACAUUAAUGUAGGUUACGAAUUUUCAUUUGCUUGAGGAAAUUGUCAAGCAGCAUGAUCGAGGAAAUCCCGCAUGGAAUUUUCGCAGACCUCUCUUCAUUGCAGAUUUUGUAAGUUAAUCACAUUUGUAUUUGUAGCUGUUUGGAUGCACAGACGGUAGACAUUUUGCCUAUGUACAGGUUCUGACGAUUAAUUGCUUGGAUACAUAAUUUUUCCUAAAUAACAAUGGCAAUACAGAGGAGUAGCAAUUGCAAUUGCCGAGCAAAAACUUCAAACAUAACAUUCACCCACACCUGCCACGGCAAACGUUAAUUUUCCGUUAAAUUUCAUGUUGACGAAGAAACUCGAUCGGGAUUCAAGACCACAAUCAAAACAGUGGCGGAAUCGCAUUACAGUUCCUGAGAUUUAUUUGGGUUAAUUUACAAUUGCUUAGUAUGCUAUUACAACUGUGACGAUCAUAUCUUGUAUUUCUACAGGUCACAUUAUCUUUAUUGCAUGUUUCAUUCCCCUCACCGAUCAAAAAAAGAAGUCAAAACAUUGGCUUGUUGCUAAAGUAUGGGUUUUCAUAGCUCAGUUGGUUGUUGUGGGUUCUGGAGGAUGAUGGCUUGCUUUCGUGGAAUGCGCCUCUGUGAAAUGCCGAAGAAAUAUCUGUUCUUGCAUUAACACAACUUUUCUGGACUUCCAUCAACCUCACCAUGCAGUGAUAGAUUUUACUAUAAGAUUACGUAUUUUAGUCCCUAUGUUUAGGUUAAGCCGUCUAUUCCCCUUCUGUAAUUCCCAUUUUAAAGGUUUGAAAAUCUUUAUCAUUACACUUGAUGUGAAGCCCCUUUUAAGAAAAGCAGGACCAUAACUCAACAGUUCAGGAUCAAUUUCUCCGAAGAAGACUUCAAAACGUAUUCACACCGCCAACCAGGUCAUGUGUGCACCCAAUUAGAACAUGAUUUUCGCCAAGUGUCCACGCUUAGAUGAAAGCAUAGGUAUUCGAGAACAAGAUUUUUAUUAUUAUUUUUUUGUGUUAUGUGUUUUGUGCGCAUAGUUCAGAAAAGACAAUCAGUUCAGUGACCACAUGAUAGUUCAAUAACAAAGCUAUAGUAGUUCAAUGACCACAACAGUAGUUCACCGAGAAUAGACUGCAUGCAGCUGCGGGGAAAUAGCCACGUACAAAGUGGUAAAUACUCAUUUAGUGAUGACACAAAAACCAAACUGAGAAAUAGCUAUGGCACAAUGUCAUUUAGUUCUAGUGAACUCACUAAAGAACAUAGACUGAUGGCAAUUUAAAAGUUAAAUAGUCAGCUCAGAAGGUCUGUCAUUCUCAUCACGGGCACAGUGAACAGACCUGGAAAGAGAGUCAGCGCUGAAAAGGAAAGUUAACACGGCCAGAAAAAAAAAAACGAAACGUUGGAAAGUCUGGACUUGUGCGGUAAAGAUUAUCUAUUUAUUAAACAUGGAUUCAUGUUAAGCACGUAGGGCCAGCUGUGGUACCACAGCUUGAAACGUGUGGAAAAAGAGUCAAAAACAAGGUUUCUUCGACCGUCAACCGUUAUUUUUUCUACUUUCUCAGCGCGUGCUUUGUCGGAUUAUUUAGUAUAUCGUUUUCUGUUGGGCCGUCUUAACUUUCCAGGUCUGUUUUUUGGGAAGCAAGGGAUGACGCAGUGGUGAGAGCGCUCUCCUCCCACUAAUGUGGCCCGGGUUCAAAUCCCGGCGGCGACGCCGUAUGUGGGUUAAGUUUGUUGUUGGUUCUCCUGUUUUCCCCUCUCCUCAAAAACCAACAUUUCCAAAUUCCAAUUCGACCAGGAUUCAGGUAGACGAGGAACCAUUCUGUGGAUGUGGUACCCCCAAAUAAUAAUUUAUUUAUUUAUUUUCACUGUGCCCCUGAUGAGAAUGACAGACCUUCUGAGCAGACUGUUUAACUUUUAAAUUGCCCUCAGUCUAUGUUCCUGUCUACUUUAGGGAGCUCACUAAAAGUAAAUAACAUUGUGCCAUAGCUAUUUCUCAGUUUGGUUUUGUGUCAUCGCUGAAUGAGUAUUUAGCACUUAGUUAAUGCUACACAUUUAUACUAAAAUACUAAUGUAUUUGUGGUUAUUUCCCCCGCAGCUGCAUGCAGUCUAUUCUCGGUGAACUACUGUUGUGGUCAUUGAACUACUUGUGUGGUCAUUGAACUACUAGCGUGGUUAUUGAACGGGUGUGUGUUCACUGAACUGGUUGUCUUUUCUGAACUAUGCACACAGCACAUAAAACAAAAAUAAUGAAAGCUGAAUUAAAUUUGACCCUGUUGCCCAAUCAUAUUUUUUAUUUAAAAAGAGAAAAUGACAUAUGAACGUGGAGGGAUAGUUUUCCCAUAUUUAAUAAGUAAUUUACUAUAUUUUGUUACAGAGAUUUGUCGAACAACAUGGUCAAACAGCUCGUACCAGGAGUAUUUGCAGAUCUCUCUUCGUUGCAGUUCUUGUACGUAUCACAGUCCGCGUAACUGUGUCUACGCACAUCCACUUUUAUAA